UCGUUCGCACAUUGGCGGGCAGAACAGCGGCGCGGCCGCGAUUGAAUUGCGGUGCGGGAGGGCGCAGACAGAGCCGCCUCCAUGUGCGCUCAGCCAGCGGUUCCUCGGGCCGGGGCUGCCGCCGCAGCCACCGCCGGAACCAAGCUCACCCACCCGGGCAAGGCGAUCCUGGCCGGUGGCAUUGCUGGAGGUAUUGAAAUCUGUAUCACCUUUCCCACAGAAUACGUAAAAACACAAUUACAAUUGGAUGAAAGAGCAAAUCCCCCUCGGUAUAGAAGCAUUGGUCACUGUGUGAGGCUAACCAUUCAGGAACAUGGUGUGAAGGGUCUGUACAGGGGCCUAAGUUCUUUGUUGUAUGGCUCUAUUCCAAAAUCUGCUGUCAGGUUUGGAAUGUUUGAGUUCCUCAGCAAUAUUGCAAAGGAUUCAAAUGGGAAACUAGACAACAAAAGGAGUUUACUUUGUGGCCUUGGAGCUGGUGUUGCAGAAGCUGUCAUAGUAGUCUGUCCAAUGGAAACUAUAAAGGUGAAGUUCAUUCAUGAUCAGUCCUCUUCAAAUCCAAAGUACAAAGGGUUUUUCCAAGGUGUCCGUGAGAUUGUUCGGGAACAAGGCUUACGUGGAACAUAUCAGGGGCUGACAGCUACUGUCCUCAAACAAGGUUCAAACCAGGCUAUCCGUUUCUUUGUGAUGACUUCCCUUCGAAAUUGGUAUCUAGGUGAUAAUCCCCACAAAAAGAUGAAUCCAUUUAUUACAGCUGCAUUUGGUGCUACUGCAGGUGCAGCCAGUGUCUUUGGCAAUACUCCAUUAGAUGUCAUCAAAACCAGGAUGCAGGGCCUGGAAGCCCAUAAAUAUAGAAAUACAGUAGAUUGUGCCUAUCAGAUCCUCAAAAAGGAGGGCUUAUUAGCAUUUUACAAAGGAACAGUUCCCCGUCUUGGCCGAGUCUGUUUGGAUGUAGCAAUUGUGUUUGUUAUUUAUGAAGAAGUGGUCAACGUUCUCAACAAGGUCUGGAAAACUGCCUGAUGCUGCUUGUAUAAGGCUGACGAGGACAGUUUGGAUAGCUGGCUAGCCAAGUCCAAUGAGUGCAGAUCUAAAUUGAAUUUAUUGCCUGUGGUUUAUUAUCAUAGGUGUUUGAAAUGCAAACGCUAUUAUUCCAUCUUCAUUCUUUAAAGUGACAAAACUGUAAUCCAGGCCUUACACUACUUCAAAGUUUAUAAGUUGUAUGGUGUAGCGAAAAGGCUAGUAGGGCAAUAUUACUAACUGCAUACAUGCUGGCUCCUAACACAGCUGAAAUUGGUGAUCUUGGUAGGCAGAAAACCAAUUAAAGUAAAAACACUUGGCUAGAUUCUGCUGUUUACAUGAGUGUAUCUCUGGAUUAAUUUUGUUGACCAUUAAACUCCAAAGAGGCCCCAUCUAAACACAAUGCUGUGUCAAACAACUAGAAAUCUUUGGUUUGGUUUUAAAUGUAUUUUAGUUAAACCGUUAACCCAUGUAUGGACACUCUUUUAAUUUAAACCAGGCUUGUAUAGCUAAAUUUACCCUGACGCAGGGUGAACCACAAAACUAGUUUUAUGUCUAAUUAAAAGUGCACUGGUUCCAAAACAGAUUUAGGUAAUCUGAUUCUUAAAUAUGUGCAACUUGUGUGUGUAGACAAGGCUUGAGUGCCUUCAAUAGAGUUACUGUUUACCUCCACUGGUAUAAUUGAGAGCAGAGUCUGCCUCACUGUUCUUGAAAGAUCACAUAUGCUGAAAAAUUGGAGAAGGGCGCACGCUUCCCAUGCUGGCUGACAGCAUCUGUCAGGCUGAAUAGCAACUGUGUAAAUAGCUUUAUUUCUUAUUUAUUUAUUUUUUACUUUGGAGUUGGAUUUCUGGGCCAGGAGGAAUCCGCCUUUUGGGCUCCUGCUGUGAGAAUGGUAGACCAGCUUUCUGAUCCAAGGCACUAGAAGUGGCCAGGAAUACUUGGGACCAGAUCACUGGCCUAUAAUAGGGAUGUAAAUAUCGGUUAAAAAAGUUAACCUUUAAGACUAUUAAAAUUAUAUCAUUUAAUUGGUUAACCGCCGCCGCUCCAGCGCAGGGGCCCCGCUGGGGCUGAGGGCUUGGCUGGGGCUGUGGGGCUGGGAUUGCGCCAGCCAGCUAGCCCGACGCAGCUUGGACUGCUUUGGCCCAGCACAGCCGGCCCCUGGGGUUAACGGUUAAGGUCCAGUUAACGAUAAGCCUAAUGCUUACCGGUUAACCAUUUAACCUUUUACAUCCUUACUCUCUAAGGGCCCAGUCCUGCUAUAUUUACUUAAAUAAAGCUCAUGUUGAAUUCAGUGAGGCUUACUUGAGUAAGGACUGCAGGUCUAGCCCUAUUCUGAAAUUGCAGAAUAAAGUUUCCAAAACUUCUACAGGGUUUCAUGCUCUGUCUGUAUUCUGGUAACUUUACUCUGCCAUUGCAAUCUUACUGGAGAUCUGGCCCCAGGUUUCACUAGCCCCUGCUUCCAGCUUCUUGAGGGACAUCACUGAAAGUUGCUCUGAUGUUCUGUCUGGAAUAGGAACUCAGGGAGCUGCAUCUUCAAGGGUUAGAUAAUGCCCUAAAACAUAUUUUGUAGUCUUUGUAUUUAUGAAUGGAUAAAUAUGUUGGUUCUUAAGAUACGCUUUAGUAAUCAGCCUGCCAAACUGGAACACUGAGCAUGGCAGGUGGGGUUUUUGUCCCUGAAAGAGAGAAUAAACUUCAGACAUUAUAACACUUGUUCUUCAAAAAUGAUCCCAGUUGACCUCUUUAUUUUGGUGGUACGUUAAUCAUUAAGGCAUUUGAAGACGUUUUUAAUCUGUGAGCAUGGCUCCUCUGGGGAAUGGGGGUGGGGGAAAUACCUCUCUUAUGCUAGUGUAAUUUCAGAAUUACUUCAAGGGGUACACCAGUGAAUCUGAAGAUAAGUUGGGUCCGAGGUGCAUACAGUUUAAAAAAGACAAGCAUUAAAAAAAGUUGGGGAAAGGACCAAAUCAGUGUAGAGAUAAUGUCAUCUAACAUACUGUAUCCUAUAGCAUAGACUUGCUGUGGAAUUUAGACUUGGACAAGCCAGAAAAUGUCUGACUAGAGCUAAACUCACGGCAAUUUAGGCAAAGGAUCAUGUCCAAGCAAAGGUACUGUCCUGUCUCCUGUAGUAUCUGAACAUCCCUUCCUCUUGUGGUUCCCACCACUAGCAUUUGGUUGGAUUUGUCACCAAGUACAAGAGAUUGCCAUAUUGCAUCAAUUAAAAUUGGAAACUUAGUUGUAGAAGCUUCCUUUACUGUACAGGAAACUUGUGCCAGUCCACUCUCACUUGCUCUCACCAAGCAUUGGCCAACCGAGUGGUGCAUGUUUCUCUAUGAAUUGUCCAUUUACAUUCGAUAUUAAAGUAUUUCUAUAAUCUGAGACUUGCAGAUCAUUUGCUGCUGGGUUUUGGUGAAUACAAAGCACAUGCUGUCGAGGUUGGAAACAUACAGAGCAUAUUAGGAACUCCUCUAGAAUUGAGAGCCAUGUUAAGACCUAUAACAGGUGUUGCUUUUAACUGGCCAUCAAGGAAUACUGUAUUUAACACGUCUGCUGAAUUAUUGAAAUUUUAAGACACCAAGCUCUAAAGCUAUAUGCAUUACUUCAUAGCUGCCAUAAUAUGGCUCCUUUACAUAGUCACUGAUACCUCCAGAAUAGGCAGGGCUUCCACCUUCAUAACUUAAAGAAUAAUUUAUUGCCAAAGUCAUUACAACCCUCUUUACUGUCUCAAUAAACAGCAAGGCUGUCCCCAUGCGCUAUUGAUUGGAGUUCUCACAUUGACCAAAAUUGUGUCCACCAAAAUCACUCUAUAGUUGCCAAAACUUCUUGAUCCCCAGUGACUCAUCUGUCUUAACUGCGCCAUCAAAGGGACACCAGGUGAGUUCUCUUGGCCGACUGUUCUCUGAUUCUACAGCUCUACCUUCAACCUUAGGUGGUCUGCCAUUUAUAGCUGUAUCAGCCACUUCAACUCUGGUAUAGAUAACCAGUUCAGAGCCUUUGUAAAUGUUCCAAGUUCCUCAUUGCCACAGAGACUAAGUAUGAUUCAUUACUAAAAAUGGCUUUAGUGGCCACUUAGUUUCAGAGCUCAGCUGAGGAGGAAGCAAUGCCUAACAUGACAAACUACAGUGACUUAAAUAGUUAUAACAGUGGCUAUGGGAGUUGGCUCUGGCCUAUCAAAUAGAAAUCGCAAUAAAACUUUAAAUACUAGGACAUUACGCUUAAACAGGAGAGAGCUGAGGAAGUGACAGGAAAGCAUCAAGUCUGAUCAUGAAGUUUAAAUGUUGAGAGGGGUGACUUUUAGAAAUACUGACAGCUGUGUUGAGUUGUAUGUGGGUUUAGGGACUUAGUGUAUUUAGCUUUGUUCAUUUAGCCAUACUGGCUCAUAAGCCACCUAUUUUGUUAUCCUGAAUCUGCUGGACCAGAAAUAAAAACACGUCAUUUUCAGUUGUGGCAAAAUCAGAAUGAUUGUGUUUACCUACAGGCAGCAUCUUUACAAAUUGGCAAGUAAAAAUACUGUACAUAGUUAUGCUUAUUUGUACGAUACCUAGUAUUGGUUGGGUCAGUAGUAUAUGGACUUGCCGGUUGGUCUGGUCGGUAAUACGUGGAAUUACAAGAAGGUCUCUAAUUUUAUCCAUUACUGGGCACCGUAACCAGGGAAUGCUAUAUUGAUCAAUGCUUCAAGGAAAGACACUUUCUAAUGUUUGUGCCUUUUUAGUGUUUCUUUAACAUUUUAACUUGUUUGCUACAUUUAUUUUUAAUGUUAAAUAAUUGUUUACAAGUUCAAUCUUUUCUCUUUCAAAAAAAAAUAAAAACAUCUAAAUAUGGAGCUUCUUA